AUGAUCGAAAAAUUCCCGAUUCUCUUCAACCUAAAUUUAUAUUCAUCAUAUAGAUACCUUAAGCCGUGGCUUGGAGAUAGUGUACUCUUCACUCACGGCACCAAAUGGCUAAAACAGAGAAAAACGAUAUUAGACACAUUUCGUAUACAAAUAUUGAGGACAUAUGUACCUGUAUUUUAUGAGAACAGUCAGGAUCUGGUGAGGCGACUUGGCGAUGAAAUCAACCAACAAUUCGAUUGCCAUGAUUACUUAUCAGAGGUAGCUGUUAACAUUAUAGUGGAAACAGCAAUGGGUGUUAGCAGAGAGAAGGUUAAACACAUCGGAUUUGACUAUGCAAUGGCCGUUAGGAAACUGGGCGAGAUCGUGCACAAAAGGCAUUUCAAUCUGUU